AUGCGCGAAAAGGAUGCGCUCAGUCCUCAUGACGCGGCAGCAGCAGGCGGCUGAGGAGCGCAGUUUCUAGGUAAAAAUGGCCGUGGAAAAGCGCCUAGCGUUUGCUAUUGUGCAGUUCCUAAGAGAUCAAACACAUUGUGGUGCUUUGAACUCUGAUGAGCAGGAGAGUCUGGAGGUUGCGAUACAGUGCUUGGAGACUACCUUUAAAAUCAGUUCCAGUGACUGUCAUCUUGCAGUGGCACAGCCACUUGGAGAGAUAUUCCUCAAUGCUUUGCUCAAGAAUGACAACAUCACUAUACCAGAGACCUCACCAUCUCCCGAAGACAUUGAGCGUGCAGAACAACUCAAGAAUGAAGGAAACAAUCAUAUGAAGGAGGAGAACUACAGAUGUGCAGUGGAGUGCUACACAAAGGCCAUCGAUCUGGACUUAAGAAAUGCAGUUUAUUAUUGCAACAGGGCUGCAGCUCACAGUAAACUGGGGAAUUAUACAGAGGCAACAAGUGACUGUGAAAGAGCCAUUGGGAUUGACCCAACCUAUAGUAAGGCGUAUGGGAGGAUGGGUUUGGCUUUGACAGCCAUGAGCAAGUAUCCGGAGGCAAUUUCCUACUUCAAAAAAGCUUUGGUGUUAGAUCCUGAGAAUGACACCUACAAAUCCAACCUGAAGAUUGCAGAGCAGAAGCAAAAAGAAGCUUCCAGUCCAAUAGCAGCUGGAUUGGGGUUUGACAUGGCCAGCUUAAUCAACAACCCUGCCUUCAUCAGCAUGGCUGCAAGUGUAAUGCAGAACCAACAAGUGCAACAGAUCAUGUCAGGAAUGAUGUCGAAUGCAGUUGGAGGUCCUGCAGCAGGAGUUGGCGGAAUGUCAGACAUUUCCAGUUUGAUUGAAGCGGGACAACAGUUUGCCCAGCAGAUCCAACAGCAGAACCCAGAGUUGAUCGAGCAGCUGAGGAACCACAUCCGCAGCCGUUCGUUCAGCGGCAGCGCCGAGGAGCACUCAUGAUCCUACCAGCCACAUCUUUACUCUCCCCACAAGGAAGAGCGACCAUAUGGCGCGAUAACAAUCUUUACACCCAUUUCUUUUGAGUCCAUUCCCCGGCUUAGCUGGAAUGAAGAGACGAGGAUGGGGAUGAAGGCACUUUACCAGGACUACAAGGCUCUGGCGAGGACACGGGACCAUCAAGCGAAACCCUUAACCGUAAGAAGGAGCCAAGAAGUCAUUCAGCCCACUGACAGAACGUAGUGAACUUAUUCUUCAGAGCUUCUACAUCAGAGAGAGAUUGUUUUUUUUUGUCUUGUUUUUUUUAAAUGUGCUCACACGUCAGCCCUUUUCAUGUUUGUGUGUUAGGGAUCCACCUACCUAGUCAUGAUAAAGAGGGUCAGAGAGGAAUGUAAUCGAACUGCAUUGCAGGGAACGUGUGGUUUUCUCAAAAAGAAAGAAAAACUACAAAAAAACCACACAAACGGCUUUGGGUUUGUUUAUAAUGUUCAAUGUUAUUUUUGUAGACAGAACUCACUUACUUAUCUUAAAACUGUUCAGCUCUUGAACACAUGAGACUCAUCGCUUUUCAGCCACUUAACUUUUGAUUAAGAGAAUGGUAAAAAUAUACAGCGGUGUUUGCAGCCCGUUUUAUGUUGUUGCAGCACUUAAAGCAAAAAUAAGUGCCCUCCCCUUUAAGCCAGUUUAAUUACUAAUUAACAUGUUCUCACUGUUCAUUUGCAUGCUCUUAAAUCUGGUGUUAGAGAUCAGAUGCUUUAAGGAAAGAAAUGAGUAUGCUAAGGCAGCACAUCGUUUUGUCUGGUACAUAUGAA